UAUGUUGAGUUUUAAUACAACUUAACGUAACAAAUCUCUUUAUUUAGUGAAUAAUACUACUGAUAAUAGACAAAUUGUUAUUUUUAAGUAGGAUAAAAUGUAAUAAUGAAUCGGGAGUAAUUUUAGGUUAAUUUUACGCCGGAUUUUCAUGGUUUGAGAAAGAGAGAAGGAAAAGCUGGGAGACUACCUAACCUCCUUGUCGCGUAUGUAGACGCGCGCUCUGUUUUGGUCGAUAUAUAUUUGAGGAUGUUGUGCCGCAAGUGUUGUUUAUAGUCUGAUUAUACUUCAUAUUAUCUAUGUGCCGACGAAAUUUAUAGACACUAUCGAAGCACACGUUCAGGAAAAACGUACAUUUUUACAUAUUGACAGAUCGGAUCAGAAAUUGUAAUCUUGGAAGUGAGUUGUAAAAAUGAGGAUUGCUGUAGAGGGUUGUGCUCAUGGCGAAUUGGACAUCAUUUACGAAGCUAUACAAGAGAUCGAAAAGAUCGAUGAGAGAAAGAUAGAUUUGCUUAUUUGCUGCGGUGAUUUUCAAGCUACUAGAAAUUUGAGCGAUCUAAAAUGUAUGGCUGUACCGGACAAAUAUAAGGACAUGUGUACAUUUUACAAAUAUUACUCGGGUGAAAAGAAAGCUCCAAUAUUAACCAUCUUUAUUGGAGGCAAUCACGAAGCAUCGAAUCAUCUUCAGGAAUUGCCAUACGGAGGAUGGGUCGCACCUAAUAUUUAUUAUCUCGGGUACGCGGGUGUGGUGCAGGUGGCUGGAGUCAGGAUUGCAGGACUCUCGGGCAUUUAUAAGAGUCAACAUUGGAUGCAAGGGCAUUACGAGAAGCCUCCUUAUAACGACAGUACCAUCAGGAGUGCAUACCAUGUUAGGAAUCUAGAAGUUUUCAGGUUAAAACAGCUUUCUGGCAAAAUUGAUAUUUUCUUGUCGCAUGACUGGCCAGCAGGGGUGACAAAAUACGGAGACGAAGAUGCAUUGCUGAAGCAAAAACCAUUCUUUAAGAACGACAUAGAAAGCAACGCACUCGGCAGCCCGCCGUGCAUGGAACUGCUGGAACUCCUUCAUCCGUCUUACUGGUUCUCCGCGCAUCUGCACUGCAAAUUCGCGGCACUCGUACCUGAGAAGGGAGGAGCGCGAGUUACGAGGUUCCUGGCGCUGGAUAAGUGUCUACCGAAGCGCAAGUUCCUCCAGGUGCUGGAGGUGCGUUCGCAGACGGACAGUCCCGUACAGUUGAGCUACGAUCCCGAGUGGUUGGCGAUACUGUACCUGACGAAUCACUUGUUGAGCGUCAAGAAUAACAUCCAUUACAUGCCGGGUCGGUACGGUGCCGGCAGGUGGAUGUACACGCCCACCGCGAAGGAGAAGCAGACCGUGUACGAGAGAUUCGACUCGGACAUGCGAAUUCCACUGAACUUCACUCGAACCGUCAAGCCGUACGAUUCGUGCGACACGGAUACUCACGCGGAACGACCGAGAUUAUUGAUAAACGAUCAGACCACCGAGUUCUGCCAGAAGCUAGGCAUCGACGACCCGUCCGCCCUGCUGCAGCUUAUCGGAAGCACCACGAAGGAUAACAGCAGAUCGGGCGACGUCUCGAUGGAGACGUCCGGCGAGUAUACGUCCGAGUCCAUGGAGAUCUCGUUCGAGGAGGACAACAUACUGUGCUCCACGUUCGAGGAAGAUCCGCCGAACAAGUGUCCCUCCGACAGCAUGCCGACGAAUCUCUCUCCCAAAAGUAACGACGACGAGUACUCGCACAGUUCGGAUUACACGGUGAACACGAGUAAGAGCACCUUGGACGACGGUGUUAACGACUCGGCUUCGAUGGGAGAUAGCCCCGUGCAAAGUGCCAACACUCCCCGACCGUCGGCCGUCCCAAGAAGCGCAAACAUGGACAAGUUGACUAUCAUCUCGGGGGUACUGUUUUUGUUCGCGGACAUCUGUGCCAUAAUCAGUAUCGCGAUGCCGGACUGGAUCAUCACCGACGUUGGCGGCGAUACUAGAUUGGGCCUCAUGUGGUCGUGCAUGACCUUGUAUAACAGACCCCAGGUCUGCUACAAGUCGGCCCUGCAGUCGGAAUGGCUGAUGGCACUGAUCUGCAUAUUCGUAGGCUGUAUUCUGAUAACGGCAACUAUAAUAUUGCUGAUCAUUUCACACUGGGAUCGCAGCGUCAUUCCCUACGCGCGCUGGGUAGGAUUCGGUGCUAUGGUACUGUUUUGCCAUGCAGCGGUUAUAUUCCCAAUGGGUUUCCACAUCGAUGAGAUUGGUGGACAACCAUAUCAGUUACCCAACUCGCACCAAGUUGGAAUCGCUUACAUUCUGUUUGUCCUAGCGCUGUGGAUCACAGUAAUUUCGGAACUCUUUGCGGGCAAAGUUUGUCUACCACAUUUUUAGCAUUGUUCUAUGGUACAAGUAUUCAUCAAUUAUAUUCUGUUGACGUUUACGCUUAUACUAUUUAGUAUUGUUUACAUUAAUGAUAUAUAGGUUUAUUUAUAUCGUGUAAGAAAUUAUGAUACCAGGCUUCAGAAUGGCUCGCAUUGGAUUCUUAUAUAUGUCAAUGAGAUUAAAAUAUAAUAAGAAUCGAUUAUAGCCAUUUGGUGUGUAUCUCACUAUUAUUUCGUAGAUUUGUAAAGUUACAGUUGUACAGGCGCGAAGUUGACAUUGUUAUCUGUCCGAGUUUAAGGAUAUCAAAAUACUCUGGAAGAGUUGUGUAUCGUCGUUGUCUGAUCUAGUGUAUGUUUAUUGUGUACGUACACGUCCUUGUCCAAGUUGAGUACUAACGUGCAAAUAAGAUCAACAAAUAGAGUGAAACUUGAAGAAAAAGUAAAGUGAGACUCGAUAUGUAUGUUUGAAAGUAUAUAUACAUAUAUAUAUAUUUUUUUUUUCUCAAUCGUAUAAUGAAAUUUUAUAUAACCUGUACAGUUCUUUCAUAUAAACUUCUAAAUAUCUAUUUACAAAACCCGAGGAAAUGAGAGGUAUCAUAUUUAAUAUAUAACUUAUAAUUAGAAUAUUUCUUACAUUCUAACUAUAUUACAAACGUACCUAUUAGGUAACGUGGAUGUACAGUAAAAAUAAAUUCUAUGAGAAUU